UGCUGCUGGUGCUGCUGCUGCGAGCCAGAGGACCGAGGUGAUCUGCAGAAAGCAGGAUGGACACUCAGCCCGUUAUUACAACCCAGCCUCAGUAUGACAUGAUCUCCACCAUGCCGAGAAACAAGUGGCAGACGGGCCUGAUGGACUGUUGCACCGACUGUGGCGUGUGCUUAUGUGGGGCGUUCUGCUUUCCCUGUCUCGCCUGCGAGGUGGCCGGGGACAUGAACGAGUGCUGCUUGUGCGGCACCAGCGUGGCGAUAAGGACCCUCUACCGCACCAGAUACAAUAUCCCGGGGUCCAUUUGCUCGGAUUACUGUGUCACCAUGUGUUGUCCCGUGUGCUCCGUUUGUCAAAUGAAGAGAGAUAUCAAGAAGAGGAGGGAGUGUGGCAUAUUCUGAUCGGCGCCGGGCCCUGGUGCUGCUGCCCCCGUCCUGUGGCGACCACCGCUGGCCGCGGGGGCCGGUGCGGAGAUGCUGCAUGCCGGAGGGGCCG